GUUCCUGUGUUCAAUCUCAUUUUUUUUGCAUUUCUUCUAUUGGUUGAACCGUUGCCAUAUAGAUAUGGCCCUCAACCAAGACGUGGAACGUGGAUGGUCGGAUGCGAUAACACAGCCUCUCAUCCCCCAAGUGAAGAUCUCUGAUUGUGAAGAAGAUGGGGCCCAGAAAAAGGAUCAAGGAUCACUUUGGAUGGUCUUGAUCAGCACAUGUGUUGCCGUCUGCGGCUCUUUCGAAUUUGGAACAUGCGUGGGCUAUUCCUCUCCAACUCAAUCUGGCAUCAGGGAUGAUCUUGGUCUAUCGCUAGCUGAGUACUCGGUUUUUGGUUCGAUUGUGACAAUUGGGGCGAUGAUCGGCGCAGUCACGAGUGGGCGCAUUGCCGAUAUCAUCGGUCGGAAAGGGGCAAUGAGAAUGUCAGCGGUUUUCUGCAUUGUAGGAUGGCUAGCUAUUUACUUCUCUAAGGGUGCCGUGUCGCUCGACAUUGGAAGAAUUUGCACUGGGUAUGGAGUAGGCAUUAUUUCUUAUGUGGUACCAGUGUUCAUAGCCGAAAUAACACCCAAGAAUCUUCGAGGAGCACUCACGACAAUUAAUCAGCUCCUCAUCUGUACUGGAAUGUCCGUUGUGUACAUAGUCGGCACGGUUGUUACAUGGCGUGCACUCACACUAAUUGGACUUAUUCCAUGCAUUAUUCUGCUCUUGGGUCUCUUCUUCAUUCCCGAGUCUCCGAGAUGGCUGGCCAAGGUUGGCCGCCAGAAAGAGUUUCAAUCUGCAUUACGGAGGCUUCGUGGCGAAGAUGCUGAUAUUUCUGAGGAAGCAGCUGAAAUUCAAGAUUAUAUCGAAACACUUCAGCGCCUUCCGAAGGCUAGAAUACAAGACCUCUUUCAAAGGAGAUAUGCUCAUUCAGUAAUCGUUGGUGUUGGCCUAAUGCUGUUUCAGCAAUUGGGAGGGAUCAAUGGCAUUCAAUUUUACGCGAGUGAAACCUUUGUCUCUGCCGGAUUUUCUUCUGGAAAUGUUGGGACAAUUGCCAUGGGACUAAUUCAGGUUCCAAUAACGGCAAUUGGUGCAGUCUUAAUGGACAAAUCUGGAAGAAGGCCUCUUUUGAUGAUGUCUGCAACAGGGACAUGUCUAGGCAGCCUUCUAUGUGGCAUUUCAUUCUAUUUGAAGAGCCAUGAUCUGUUGCUUGGCUGGGUCCCGAUACUAGCUCUCACUGGAAUACUGGUGUACUUGGGAUCGUUCUCCUUAGGAAUGGGAGCAGUUCCUUGGGUUAUGAUGUCAGAGAUAUUCCCGAUAAACAUAAAGGGAAUCGCUGGAAGCUUGGUGACUCUGGUCACUUGGUUUGGUUCUUGGGCUGUUUCAUACACUUUCAACUUUUUCACAAGUUUGAGCUCAUCAGGUACCUUUUUCUUCUAUUCUGGAGCUAGUCUGGCAACCGUUCUAUUCGUCGUGAAGGUAGUACCAGAAACUAAGGGCCGAACUCUUGAAGAAAUACAGAUCUCUAUGAACACAUGGAGAGGGGAAAAGAGAGAGAGAGUUGAAAAUGUUUGCUAACGAAGUAUUUUGAAAAUUUUCUGUCUUGUUGAAGAUGAAAUGCUUCGUAGAAACAAUAAGAAAAUUGAAUACAACAUUCUUCUGGGCCCAUUUGGCAAAAAUCCAAUUAAAUUCUCCUAUUGUAACUUUAUGUUCUAGUGGAAAAUUUGUUCAACA